GCCAGGUUGCACGAGCAGCUCCACACUGCAGCUCUGUCCGGCCAGCGGCAGAGGGGAUGUCCCGCUACUAACUCCUCCAACAAACUUCUUUAUAGAAACUCAGUCAGCAGACAAACACUGAGACUGACUGACUGACAAAGUGUCGCAACUCGCCUCACUCCUCUGUUCAUGAAACUUUAUCUACUUUGAAGUGUGUUUUCUUUUGAAGUCCGCACACACACUUUUGACAGACUUUUUUUUUUUUUUUUGAAUGAGCCGGGUCACGCUUGCGUAAAAGUUCCCGAAUCUAACUUUUCUUUUUUUCUUUUAAUUGGAGAAAGUUGUAUCCCUUUAAAACUCGUGAUGGCUUUCCUGUCACUAGCGUUGCUACUUGUAGGAUUUGUGUUGACUUCAGCUGACAAGGCUGGUGAAGUAGAUAGAGAGGGCCAGCUGAGGAUCCGCCUGAAGGAAUAUGGCCUCGUCACCCCCUUCAGCACCGACUCCCACGGACACUACCUAUCGCACCUCCUCUCUGCCACCCACAAGCAGCGCGUCAAGAGGGAGGCCGUACAUCCCGGAGACACUGAUCAGAAACUUUUCUUCAACAUCACAGCCUUCGGGAAGGAGUUCCACCUCCGUCUGCGGCCAAACAACCGCCUGGUGGCUCCCGGUGCCAUGGUGGAGUGGCACGAUGAGGUCCAAGGCUUCGGGAACGUCACCGACAGCGCCGGGGAUGACUCAAGCACCAACCAGACUGAAUCCACCACCGGGGCCGAGAGGAUACUGCGCCGAGAGCUGCUGAAGACGGACUGUACCUUUAUCGGUGACAUCACGGACGUCCCCGGGGCUGCGGUUGCUAUCAACAACUGUGACGGACUGGCUGGAAUGAUUCGCACCGACUCUGAUGAAUACUUCAUCGAGCCGCUGGAGAGAGGAGCUCAGGACCUCGAGGACCAGGGCCGGGUCCAUGUGGUGUACCGCAGGUCGGCUCUGUUGCAGGCUCCCGACGACAUCCCAGAGGAUUACCAGCUGCAAGAACCAGAGCUCGAUGUACCCGGGACUCUGGACUCUGUCACCCGGCAGGUGAACGAGACCGUUCAUCGCCGUCGUCACCGCAGAGAUGCCGGAGAGGAUGACUACAACAUUGAGAUCCUGCUGGGAGUCGACGACUCGGUGGUUCGAUUUCACGGCAAGGAGCACGUGCAGAAUUACCUCCUGACUCUCAUGAAUAUCGUCAACGAGAUCUACCACGACGAGUCCCUGGGGGUGCACAUCAACGUGGUCCUGGUGAGGAUGAUCAUGCUGGGGUAUGCCAAGUCCAUCAGCCUCAUCGAGAGAGGCAACCCAUCUCGCAGCCUGGAGAACGUGUGCCGGUGGGCGUUUGUGCAGCAGAAAGGCGACACCGAGCACGCCGAGCACCACGACCACGCAAUCUUCCUCACACGCCAAGGCUUCGGUCCCACGGGGAUGCAGGGUUACGCUCCAGUCACUGGGAUGUGCCACCCAGUCCGUAGCUGCACCCUCAACCAUGAAGACGGCUUCUCCUCAGCCUUUGUCGUGGCUCAUGAGACCGGACACGUACUCGGCAUGGAGCACGACGGCCAGGGGAACCGCUGCGGGGACGAGACAGCGAUGGGAAGCGUGAUGGCUCCUCUGGUGCAAGCUGCCUUCCAUCGAUACCACUGGUCCAUGUGCAGCGGACAAGAGCUCAAGAGAUACAUCCACACGUACGAUUGUCUUUUGGACGACCCCUUCAAACACGACUGGCCGCAGCUCCCCGAACUCCCGGGAAUUAACUACUCCAUGGACGAGCAGUGCCGCUUUGACUUUGGAGUGGGAUACAAGAUCUGCACGUCGUUUCGCACGUUUGAUCCGUGUAAACAGCUGUGGUGCAGUCACCCGGACAACCCGUACUUCUGCAAAACCAAGAAGGGUCCGCCUCUGGAUGGGACGGAGUGUGCUCCUGGAAAAUGGUGCUACAAAGGUCACUGCAUGUGGAAAAACCCUAAUCAGGUCAAGCAGGAUGGCGCCUGGGGCUCCUGGAGUAAAUAUGGUUCAUGCUCGCGCUCCUGUGGCACCGGAGUUCGAUUCAGGACACGUCAGUGCAACAACCCGGCGCCCUCAAACGGCGGUCAGGACUGUCCGGGGGUGAACUAUGAGUAUCAGCUGUGCAACAUAGACGACUGCCCCAAGCACUUCGAGGACUUCCGAGCCCAGCAGUGCCAGCUCCGCAACUCCCACUUUGAGUUCCAAAAUGCCAAACACCACUGGCUGCCCUACGAGCAUCCCGACUCCAAUAGGAGAUGCCACUUGUACUGCCAGUCGAGGGAGACGGGGGAUGUGGCGUACAUGAAGCAGCUGGCGCAUGAUGGGACUCGGUGCUCCUACAAAGACGCCUACAGUAUCUGCGUGCGUGGAGAGUGUGUGAAAGUCGGCUGCGACAGAGAGAUCGGCUCGAUCAAAGUCGAGGACAAGUGUGGCGUUUGCGGCGGAGACAACUCUCACUGUCGCACCGUCAAAGGCACCUUCACGCGGACACCGAAGAAACCUGGGAAGAUCAGGGGAGCCUUCUCUUUGCCCAAGGGAGCGAGAAAUGUGUUUUUAAACGAAACUGAAGACUCUAGAAAUGUCCUCGGUUACCUAAAGAUGUUUCACAUUCCUCCCGGAGCGAGACAUGUGAUCAUCCAAGAACACGAGGCCUCUCCUCAAAUUCUUGCAAUCAAGAACCAGGCUACCGGGCAUUACAUCCUCAACGGGAAAGGGGACGAUGUCAAGUCCAAGAGCUUCAUCGACCUGGGUGUGGAGUGGCACUACAUCAUCGAGGACGACGUGGAGACGCUGCACACUGACGGACCUCUUCACGACCCUGUGGUGGUUCUGAUCGUACCUAAGGACAAUGAAACACGAUCCACUUUAAUGUACAAGUACAUCAUCCAUGAAGACUCAGUGCCUGUAAACAACAACAAUGUGAUCCAGGAGGACACUUACGAGUGGGCUCUGAAGAGCUGGUCCCCGUGCUCCAAGCCCUGUGCCGGAGGGUUCCAAUACACCAAGUACGGCUGCCGAAAGAAAGGUGACACAAAGAUGAUCCAUCGGGGUUACUGCGAUGCCAACAAGAAACCAAAACCCAUCCGCAGAAUGUGUAACCUCCAGGACUGCACUCAGCCUCAGUGGAUCUCUGAAGAAUGGGAGCAUUGCACCAAAACCUGCGGCAGCCUGGGUUUCCAGAUCCGGACUGUGCGCUGUGUGCAGUUCCUCCACGACUUCACCAACCGCUCCGUGCACAGCAAGUACUGCAGCGGGGAGAAGCCAGAGAGCCGGAGACCCUGCAACAGAGUCUCAUGCCCCGCCCAGUGGAGGACUGGAGCCUGGUCAGAGUGCUCUGUGACCUGUGGAGAGGGGAUGGAGAGGCGUCUGGUCACCUGCCGGAUUGGAGAUCAGUGUAAUGGUGAAAAACCUGAAGCUGUGAGGCCGUGCAGACCGGGACCCUGCCAUGAUGAGCCGUGCAGUGGAGACAAGUCCAUCUUCUGCCAGAUGGAGGUCCUAGCUCGAUACUGCUCCAUCCCAGGCUACAACAAACUGUGCUGCGACUCUUGCACCAGGCGCACUGGAGUGCUCUCCAUGUUCUCCGAGGCGGCUGAGACGGAGGAGCACGUCCGCUUCGGUUCAGCCUCCCAGCUGCUGGAGACAUUAACGGCGAACCUGACGCGCAGUGGCAAACCAAGCUCAAGCAAAGGCAACACUCCAAGGCACGUCACCACCCCCACCCCGCUAAAGAAGACCUCAGUGAAGAUUACCGCUGCACCAAGGCGGGUUCCUCGAAGCUCGGGUCUCUCUGGCAGGAAGCUGCCCGCUAUGGAACCGUCCCCACUGGCAGAUCCCACUGAGAGUCAAAGGCCGAGCAGCUUGACAGAUAGUCGGCGGCCGACAGCUUAUUCUGAAGUGGAAAGAUGAAAGUGACGACCUUCCCCUCGGGACUCUUAAUGUAGAGUAGAUAAUCCAGCUUCACCCUGAGUUUUCUCGCACCAAAAACAACCACAGACAGAGAAAGAGAAACAGAGAGUAAGAAAGAAAGAAAAGUGCUGGUUCACUUUAAGAAUUCCCCCCACCUUCUUCCCCUGGUAACAGCUUUCACUUUGACAUCUUACAGAAAACUCCCACACUAUUCAGAAAUACACAACCAUGUUGAUUCUCUGCCUUCCCUUGUGUUGAGAGGAUUUGAUAAUUAAAGUGGCAGGAGCACGUGGUCUGUGUGAAGCGAAAGGCCUAAUGAAACACAGCUGCAGUAGUUAAUACUGAAUAGAGAGGCAGGUUAAUGAGGGAUUGAUGAGCCUAAAGAGGUUUAUAUUCAGCUCCACUGACUCCUGACUUAAAGCUUCUCAGUAAAUAGACCAAAAAAGAGGACCCACGCCGUGCUGAAGCUUCCUCUGAGGCCACCCUCUGUGUCACCCGAGGUUAACAGGUGCAGGUUUGUGUUUGCUAUUCCCCUCUGAUCGGUCUUUUCUCUGGUCUUGUCAUUUAAUGAAUCAGGCCCCUGGUGUCUGCAGAGCGUUGCAGCAGGUCCUCCAGGAAACUCUCAGCAGUCAGCGAGAGAGAAAAUGUCAACAGGUGCAGUCAUUACGGCUAAUCCAAUUUGUGAAAACCUGAGCAGACCGUGAAAACAUCAAACACAAGCUGAAAAAAAAAAAGACUUGAACGUUUAAAAAAAAAAAAAAAAAAGCCUUUUUCUUGCCAGAAAAGUUCCUCUGAAGCUCGAACCUGACACAUCACAACAGGUCCGGUACUCUGUGAGCUUUGAACACACCAAAACAAACCCUGGACUUCUCGUGGUCACAUUGGGAAAAGAGACCAGAGGAAACCAAACCAUGAGGGAAAUGGUUUCAGUUCUAUAGACACUGCUUUUAUAUCCAGCUAUGCCUCUGAACAGGGGCUCUACAGUUUCUAUGGAAAUGGGUAUUUAUAAUUGUUCCUGUAAAUACUGUACAUGAACAUAUCAGUAUUACUUUCAGAAGCUGUCUUUCAAACCCCCUUUACAUAAUUCUGAUUGACAUGUAAUCAUUUACCGCUUCAGCAGCUGAAGUCUGUGGACAUAAUCAGUGGUUAUUAGCUGCUGCCAUGCUGCUAUGGAUAUAAACAAGCACAGAUUGACAGACAGCAUCUCGUAGCGUGGCAUGGUUUGGCUGUAAUUAAAUGUAGAAAAUGGAAACAAGUCCUGGGGGUGCUAGCUCUGCUAUCUUUAAGCAUCCAAUGUUGAAUAAGUUCAUUUUUACCUGU